UGUAACUAUGUCAUUGAAGGGCAAGAAGAGCAGUGGAAACGGAAGCAUUCAUUUUAAUCUAAUACAAUAAUUUGCAGUACAGGUAUGUCUGUUUAUUUGUUCAAACAAAAACAAAUCAAGAUAAGAAAAAUGACUUUCAAUCAUGCACGAUCUAUGUACAUAUUGCUAUAGUUCAUGUGUGUUGUAAACGCCAUUGUAAUCCCCCGAGAGCUUCCGUAAACACACAACUGCUAUAUAUUUCCUUACUGGCUGCUCACAGUCAUCGAGUAGAGGUCGAUAACCCGGGAAUCUCCUCUUAUCAGGAAACAUUUUUCGUCAUGGCUGAGCUACAGAUUCGUCUCUACCAAGAUGAUGAUGAUGAGGAUGUGAAGGAGAUUUUUACCCUGGGAAUGAGCGAGCAUAUCCCAUCCUCCUUCAUGCACAUUCUCAAACAGCCCCUGCCACAGAUGAUUCUGGUGUGUGUGUUUUGCGCUUUGCUGACCAGCUCCAUGUCCAUUCUUUUGCCCAUACUUACAGUGACCCUGCUUCUGGCUGCAGGCAGGCAGGGUGUGAGCUACAUGUUCACAAAGUACAUCCAGACCUCUCUUAAUCAAGAUCUCAACCACAUACGACAGACCUACCUGGAAUCUCCAAACUCCUGCUUCUGGGUAGCCGAGAGUCAAGAUUGUGUUGUUGGUACAGUAGCGUGUUUACCCGCGCAAUUUGAGAACUGCCUGGAACUAAAGCGGAUGUCCGUUAAAAAGUCUCACCGGGGACAGGGUAUUGCCAAAGCACUGUGCCGUACAGUGGCAGAUUUUGCUCGUGAACGGGGUUUUCAAGGAGUAGUGCUUCACACAUCGGUGGUCCAGACAGAUGCACAGAAGCUCUAUGAACAUAUGGGCUACCACAAGAUCAGAGAAUUUGUUGUUCCAGAAGUAAUUGCCAGACUUACUAAUUUCACAAUAUUGGAGUACCGGCUCAACCUAAAACAGAAUUGUGACUGAGGCUGUGAACUUCACCAAGAUCGCCAUCCUCUCCAUGAUGCAGCCAGGCUUUUAAACACAGUGGAGCAUAACAAUAUCAUCAUUUGUCUAGCUGAAAACAUCAACCUUGGAAAAGGGAGCCUCUUUUUCAAAUUAUGUCCACAUUUGGUUCAUUGAUGUUGCUGUCUUAUUUUUUUAACCUACGUUUACUACCCAAAUAAAACUAAUACAUGUGUUCAAUUAUUGUCUAAGCAUCACUAAUAUACAUAUGUUAUGUUUUAAUGUUACACUUGCCAUAGUUAAUAGAAUAUUUAAGCACUUGAAAGCAUUUGAGGGACAUACUGCUGUAGUUUUUGUGGUAGCUUGUGUUGCUUAAUGAGAAAGAUUCUCUCUGCUUCUGAGACCGUCAAUCCGCGCAUCUUAUUUGGCUUGCUGUGCAUGACACCGCGGAGACUCUUAGCAUGUGGAGACUCAUGCUACUCUCCACGAUCCACACACAACUUACCACAUGCCGCAUUGAGAGCGAGAACCACUAAUCUUUAAAUACUUCUUUUCUAUAAAUCUCCACUUUCACAUUUUGAAAGUGGAUAUUUGUCUUAAAAAAUGACUUGAAUAUUGAUCUGUUUCUAACCCACACCUAUCAUAUCGUUCUGAAGAUAUGGAUUUAACUACUGGAUUUUUUUAUGGAUUACUUUUAUGCUGCCUUUAUGCAUUUUUGGAGCUUCAAAGUUCUGACCACCGUUCACUUGCAUUGUUUGGACCUACAGAGCUGAAAUAUUCUUCUAAAAAUCUUUGUGUUCUACAGAAGGAAAAAAAAAAAGUCAUACACAUCUGGGAUGGCAUGAGGGUGAGUAAAUACUGAACUAUCCCCUUUACAUAGCUUGUGCUCUCUAUGGUUCAGUGAAACUUGGCAAUAGUAUAUUUAUAUUUGGUAGAUGAGAUGCAGUUAGAAAGAUGUGAGUAUCUUGAAACUGUCAGAUGGUGUUUAACAGGAACUGCUUAGAAUAUGAAUAAAGUGUUAUAUUUCCCCCUCUGUGGUGUCACAAAAACGAUGAUUGUACAACAAGCCUGGCAGAUGAUGAUUACAACGGCAUUUUCUUCAGGAGUGAAUUUAGACCAAUACUGCUCUGUGCUCUUAUUGUUUAUGCUAUUAUAUACUUAUAUAUAUAAUUAAACAGAAUCAACCUUCUAAUCUUGUAGUUGACCUUUUUCUUUUCUGUGUGGAAAUGUACAGAUUGUUUAAUUUCUGAAAUAAUUAAAAGAUUUGAUUGUGACCUGUGAAUUAUUAUAAAUCCCAAGCAUGCAAUGCAACUUGCAUCUGGAACAAAAAAUAGCAUAUUUUCAUGAGGAAAAAAAAGGAAUUUGUAAUAAUAAAUAAAUCAAUAAACACUUCUCUACAUAAACAUUUGUGUGUGUGGUUUU